UGCCGGAUGGAAGCGGGACUGCAGUGAGCAGCAGCAGCAGCAGCGCUGCGGCUACCGCUAAACUCGCCUCUCUUGCUUUUGUCUUUUUAGUUUUCCGAUCAUGUCUGACGACGACAAACUGCCGUCCGGGUGGGAGAAGCGCAUGAGCCGGAGUUCAGGCAGGGUUUACUACUUCAACCACAUCACCAACGCGAGUCAAUGGGAGCGGCCGUCAGGUGCAGGUGACGGUGCGGGUGCUGUGGACAAGGUGCGCUGCUCCCACCUGCUGGUCAAACACAACCAGUCCCGCAGACCAUCAUCCUGGAGAGAGGAGAACAUCACCCGCAGCAAAGAGGAGGCUCUGCAGCUCAUACAGAAGUAUAUAGAUCAGAUAAAGUCUGGUGAUGAAGAUUUUGAGACGUUGGCUUCUCGGUUCAGCGACUGCAGCUCAGCGCGGAACGGAGGAGACUUAGGCAUGUUCGGCAGAGGUCAGAUGCAGAAGCCGUUUGAGGAAGCCUCCUUUGCUCUGAAAAUCGGAGAAAUGAGCGGCCCUGUGUUUACCGACUCCGGCGUCCACAUCAUCCUCCGCACUGGAUAAUUCACCAAGCAUGCACUCUCUCUCUUUCCCUUCCUUUAUUCAUCCAUCCAUCUCUUCCUCCUUAAUAUAGCAUCGUUUUCUGAACUCAUUCCCAAACUCAAACAUACAUACAAUAAUGGAUCUUUUCCUGAAACACCUCUAAAUGAUGUUACAUGACAUAUUGAGCCUUUUUUAUGGUAGCAAGCUGCAUAGACCAAACCGGUUGGAUACCUGCAUUCAAGUUAACGGUUAAAAAAAACGCUCGUACCAAGCGCUGGUUGGAUGAUGUUUCUUUUUUUUUUUUUUUUUUAAUAAAUUGCAUCUUUCUCUUCACUAUGAUAGCUAUUUCAUGUUCAGCAUCAGAAAUUACAGCUGCAAUGGCAUCAUCCACCAGCGCCUUAAAGUGUCUUUCUUCCAACUGUCAUGAUAUUAUUCCUCUGUACCGUUAACCUCAUCAUGACAGCCUCAAAAUGACAUAAAAUGAUAAAUGACGACCAAUAAAGGCAAAAAUAUCAAAUAAA